UUUCAAUUUAUCUUACAUUUAAAUUACUAUAGAUAAUAAUAUACAUAUAAACUUAAUUGAACAUAUGAUUAUGUUUAAUUUUAGGAAUGAACUUGUCAAAAAGUUGUAGAGGCAUCUAAGAAAGUAAUGUUUUGUUUUAAUGAGCUUGAAAAACUAAUUAAGACUAUUCCAUGCAAAGAAGAAACUAAAAAUGUAGAAACACUCAGCAGUUAUGUUCUACGGCAAAACUUAGCGGUUGGAGAACUCUUUUGUUUCAUUCACGCUAUCGAACUUGUUAUAAAAGCGUUGUCCUCUAAAAUUACAAGAUAUAAUUUUUUAAAUUUCAGCGAAAGACAUGUCCGUAAAGGAAAAACUGAAGAAAAACCAACUGACCCUCUUGAAACCCUGUUUUCUAGUAUUACAAGAAAAUUACAAUUUAUAAAAAUUUUAGAAGAAAUGGUCAUACAUGUAAUAGGAGAUAGUGGAUUAGUCCAGUACAUGAUAAGUAAAUACACGGAGGAUAUCAUGAAGGUCGAAUGUCAUUUACCUGGCAAAUACGUGGCUUGCUUCAAUGUUCUUGACGGGCGGAAAAACCUUGCAGACCACUUACCGGUUGGAGCGACAUUUGCUUUAUACAAAUUAAAACAAGAAGGAGAUCUGGAUUUGGCGACUCUAACGGGUAACUCGAUAACAAUUGCUGGUUAUGCUAUUUUUGGUACUUGCACAAAGCUGGUUUUAGGUUUUAAUGCUAGAGGUGUUCAUGAUUUUUAUCUGGAUCGGUCUCUUGGAGAAUUUAUCCUCAAAGAAUCAGAUAAAAUAAUCCCUAAAAGAGGCGUAUGCUAUUCUGCCAAUGAAGGAAUCACUGCAGGUUGGGACGAAGCCACACUCAUUUAUUCCAACCGUAGGAAAGAUCCAAGAUUUUUAUUACAAACUCAUUGUUACCAUCUCGGUACGUUCAGUGCUGACGUCUCAAAAAUACUGAAUGAAGGAGGUAUUUACAUGUAUCCAGCUAACAUCACGCAUCCCGAGGGAAAGAUACAUCUCCUAUAUGAAGCGAAUCCGAUGGGAUAUAUCUUGAGAGAAGCGGGUGGAUACGCAACCGACGGAUUUACUUCUAUCCUCAACAUCGAACCUCGAACCCACCACCAGCGAAUUCCCUUCUUCGGAGGUUCCAUUGAGGAUGUAAUCAGUAUUAUGGAAUUGAAAACUAUCUACAAAGCCAGAAAACUUAAAUGAAUAUUGUGGCGAUAUUAUUUGUUUUAAAUAUUAAAAGAGUAAUAUGC